AGAAGCAUCUAUACAUCGCAAAAUCCACCACGUGUCAAUUUCCAAAGCCCUAAAUAUUUAGGUCUUCAAAAAAAUUAUAAGGGUUUAAGCACCUUUCAUUUCACAUUUUUUUCAAGCUGCGAUAACUGUGUGAUCUUCAAGGUUUGAGAAAUGGCAUUCUUCGGUAGAAUUGGAAAACUACUCCGAAAUUCUGCUGUCAAGCACAUCAAUCAUGAUGUAUCUAUGUCUACUCCUUCGGUAUUCCAAGCAAUUAGAUCAAUGUCAUCUGCAAAACUCUUUGUUGGAGGUAUUUCAUAUAACACUGAUGAUAGUAGUCUUCAACAACAUUUUUCUCGCUACGGAGAAGUACUUGAUGCAAAGGUCAUCAUGGAUCGUGAAACAGGCAGGUCCAGAGGUUUCGCUUUCAUAACUUUUGCAACAAGCGAGGAUGCAUCUUCUGCCCUUCAGGCCAUGGAUGGCCAGGAUCUUGAUGGUCGGAGGAUACGGGUGAACUAUGCUACAGAAAGGUCGCGUCCUGGGUUUGGUGGUGGAGGUGGCGGCUAUGGCGGCGGCGGCGGAUAUGGAGGUGGCUAUGGAGGUGGAGGUGGCUAUGGGGGUGGUGGCUUUGGCGGUGGUGGUUAUGGUGGUAGUACAUAUGGACGUAAUGAUAAUAACAGGGGUGGAAGCUAUGGUGCCCCAAGCAGCUAUGGUGGUGGCAAUGCUGAGACUAGUUACCCUGGUGGUGGCGGUGCUGCUAAUUACCAAUUCAAUGAAAAUUCUGGUGAUGUUGCCUCUGCUAGUGGUGAACUCAGCAGCAACUCUAGUUUGGGUUAUGGUGGCCAACUUGGAAGCAACCAAGAUGAUGGAAUCGGCGCAGAUAAGGAUGAAUUCAUUGAGCCACUUGAAGACAACCAUGUGACGGAGAAGGAGAACAACGAUGAACCCAAUGACUACGCUCAGACCCGGUGAUGAGGUGAGAGUAUUUUCUUUGUGAUGGAAUUCCUUGCGAAUAGUGAGUAACCUUUGAGACUGAUGAUAUAAUCAAAUGUGUUUUCCGAAUAUUUGUCUACUUUUUAGUUUUCCAAACUUCAUUGUUUGGCUGAAAUUUGAUAGUUUGUCAAGUCAAUGACUAAUGUAAAAAUAAGAGCUUUCUAGGAUUGAUUGCAACUCAAUUUAUAAUGAUUUUGUUUUUCAACCAUUUCUAGUCAAUAAUUAAUGUGAAAUGACAUGUUUUGAGAA